GCCGGGGCGGGCGGGGCGAGGACGCGGCGACGCCGGCGCCCGCGGUCGCGUGAUCGCACGCCCCGCCCGGAGCCCCUCGCCGUCAUGCAGUCCCCGGCGGUGCUCGUCACCUCCAGGCGAGUUCAGAAUGUCCACACGGGCCUGGACCUGAGCGUGCCGCAGCACCAGGAGGUGCGGGGCAAGAUGAUGUCAGGGCACGUGGAGUACCAGAUCCUGGUGGUCACCCGGCUGGCUGCGUUCAAGUCGGCCAAGCACAGGCCCGAGGACGUCGUCCAGUUCUUGGUCUCCAAAAAGUACAGUGACAUUGAGGAGUUUUACCAGAAACUUUGCAGUCGUUACCCGACGGCCAGCCUGCCCCCACUCCCCAGGAAGGUCCUGUUUGUUGGGGAGGGUGACAUCCGGGAGCGGAAGGCCCUGUUCGAUGAGAUUCUGCGCUGCAUCUCCAAGGAUGCUGAGCUGGCAGGCAGCCCAGAGCUGCUGGAAUUCUUAGGCACCAGGUCCCCCGGGGCCGCGGAUGUCAGCAGCAGGGAUGUCUCAGUACUGGACACAGAUAGCCAAGCAGGGGACGAGGAUGCUUUGGACUUCUUCCAGCAGCAGGAUCAAGUGGAAGAUGAGGGACUCCCCACGCUGGGCCACCAGGACGGGGAUGCAGGGAAAUCCUCAGAGGAGGAGGAGGCCCUGGACCCUCUGGGCAUCAUGCGCUCCAAGAAGCCCAAGAAACGUCCCGAAGUGGCCGUGAAGCCCAAAGCCGCGCCCCGGCUCACCAUCUUUGAUGAGGAGGUUGAUCCUGAUGAGGGGCUCUUCGGCCCGGGCAGGAAGCCCUCUCCCCGGGGCCACGCAGAGGACUCACCCCCCGGGGACCCCCUGAAGCUGUUUGACGAUCCUGACCUCGGUGGAGCUGUCCCCCUGGAUGACCCCUUACUGCUGCCAGCUGCUCCCCAAAGUGGCGGAGCCACACCCCGUGAAGGCCACAGGGAGGCCUCCGAGGAGCUGUUCAGAGUUGAAGAGGACUUGGACCAGAUUCUGAACCUGGGGGCUGAGCCCAAACCUCAGCCCAAGCCCCGGCCCAAGCCCAAGCCUCCAGUGGCCGCCAAGCCAGCGCUGCCCAGAAAGCCAGCCAUGCCCCCCAGAGCGGGUCCACCUGAGGCUGCAGCCACGCAGCAGCGGAAGCAGCAGCAGCAGAUCCAAGCCAUGGAUGAGAUGGACAUCUUGCAGUACAUCCGGGACCAUGACGCACCUGGCCAGGCUGCCCCCAGCCUCUUCUGACCAACCCCCAGCCCCCAGGCUGUUCCUGGGCCAACAGACCCUCUCCCCUAGAGGGGCGUCUGGUGAGGAGCAGGCUUUGCCCUGCAGGGCCAGAACCAACCUAUUCCCAAGGGAGGGAGGGUGGAAGCCCAGAUCAGAGGACCCCUAUACUGCCUUCUUCCUUGUUCUCAGGGCCUGCGGGGUCAUAGAACCUGCACAAUGCAGAGAGCAAGGUCACCAGAGGAACUGGAGCCUCGGUUGUCUCAGCCGCGUGGAUGGGAGGGGGCGACACGUGGGAGGCUUGUUCACCAGGAGCCCAAACCCCUAGGAUGUCAUGGGACUGUGGUGGAGGGGCAGGGAGGCUCUGCUCAGGGCAGGGAAACUUUUCUGCCCACUCGUGCCCACCGAGUCUGGCAGCCCUAGCACGGGAGGGGGAUACCCUGGCCAACUUGGGGUUGGGGUAGGAGUCUGCACGCCAAGGCACCUGCAAUUUCCGGUCAGCACAGCCCCCGGAGGCCUGCAGGCCAUGGGAAGGUCCCCAGGAGAGCGAUGCUGAGUGGGGGCCUGGAAGGGCCUGGCUGGGAUGGCUGGCCCUGAGCCGCCUCUGCUUACCAGUGCGCUGAGCAGGGUGCCUUCCUUCCCGUGUGCCAAAGCUCGAGGGAGACAUCAGGUCUGGCUCUGCCCCCAGAGUGUGGACGGCCUGACAAAUCUCUCCGUCUCCUCCCCCUUCCUUUCCUAGGGCAGGCCUGGCCAGACCACAGCCUUCUUGGGCCUCCGGCCGUAGAACCAGUGUCCGCCCUCGUGGCUUCUAGCAGAGUGGGCCCCAUGUCCUCCGGGUCCACCUGCAGCCCAGCUGCCCCUCCCUUUCACGGCAGGCCUGGGCUGGCUGCUCUCGGGCUGCUCUUGAAGGCUCCCUCUGUCCGGCGGUGGAUUUGUCUGUCAGGCCUCCCCCGUCCUCGGGGUCUGGACUUGCUCUCUUUCCUUCCCGCCGUGGGAGUCCCUUCCCAGAAGCAGGAGCCCUGGGCCCAGCAGAACCAGUCAGUGCCUUAGACCUCUCCCCGAGGCCCACGCCCCAGCACAGGGGUCAGGGCAUGCUGCGGCGCUCAGGAAAUCCUCUGUGAAUGAGUGAUGCUUAAUGGAGAAAAGAAUGCCUUUUUUGAUAUAUUCUUCACUUUCAGAGUUAGUUUUUAACAAAACACAGGUUUUUAAGGAAAUGCAACCAUUCUCGUCCCUGGGGUUGUGCUGUUUGACAAGAGGAUUGGAAGGUGGGGUUUGGGGCUAGGACCCCAGGCCCUUCCUGAUCGGGACCAACAGCCAACCCUGAGGGAGUCCCCCCACCGACCAGGGCUGGUGUUAGUCUCUGUGUGUAGCACCCACCGCCCUGUGCCAGGACCCACAGGCAGGUGGGAGCACUCAAUCUGUCCUGUGUCUCAUGCACCCUCGUGAAAAGGCCAUCGGCUCCCCCAACAUGUGCCAGGGUGAGAAGAAACAGGUGGCUCUGGGGGCCCCCUCUCCCCGCCUUACCUUGUCCCAAGGGUGCUCUCCCUGGGGACACCCAGCACAUGCCACUCCUCUUCCCUCUCACUGCCAGGCCUUCACACCCCCAACCCUCAAGCGCAGGUGGACACCCCCAUCCUGCCCUGGGGUCUGCACCUGUCUGACUGCAGGAGGGUGCCCGAAGGAAGGCACAAUGAGGGGCCUCCUCAGGCUCUUUCCCCUCUCUGUUCUCUCCUCUGGGCCUGUCCCUCCCUGGCCCCCUCCCCUCCACUGCACCCUACUCCCCCAUGUGACAUAGGAACAGAGGAUGUUGCUGGCAGGAGCCCAGGGCGGGGAGCGCUGGUCCUCCAGUGGGGGUCACAGGCAGAACCCACCACUCUGGGGUGGCUUUGUCCACUGUGAGCCUGGCCUCCUCCCAGGGGGCCGGCCACUGGGACCCCCUCAGCAGAGAUGCGUGCCUCAGGAUACUGAUGCUCUGUGAUCUACCAGCCAACCCAGGACCCGGUCAUCCAAUAAAAAGUCCAUGUCGAGGCUCA